GCGCUCUCUCAGCAGAGCAUUUUAACCAGAGUAACGGUCGCUCUCCACAAACUCAUUUACUGGAUUUGAUUAAACACGUUUAUAUCAACUUUUUUGUAGGAAUAGACCUGGAAGAGUGAAGUACUUGUUUUAUUGUUCAGCUGGGACCCACAGCAGGGAUUCAGUACAAGACAGUAAUAAAUGAUGUCUCCUGAAUUAAUCAGGAUAAUUCCCUGUAUUGGAUCUAGCUUUGGAUUCCAUCCCAUUUCUGCUGUCACAUCUCUCGCCUACAUUGUAUCCUGACCUGUUCAGAGACGGUGAAGGUAAGCAGCGCUGGAAUCAUGUCAGAGAUCGGACACGUUAGAGACACACGGGUCACCAGCAGUGGCUCAGACCAGGAUGAGAAGCAGCCGAAGCCGCAGCCAAGGAAAAGUGUGAAGAAGAAGAAUGCAGGAUGGGGACAAAUUUCUAUGCUGGACAAAAUAGAGGACUUUUUUCAGAUCUGUGACAGCGAGGGAAAAGGCUUCAUCACACGCACUGAUAUGAGGAGACUACACAAAGAAUUGCCACUCACUGCUGAGGAACUUGAGAAUGCUUUUGACUCGCUUGACCUUGACAAAAAUGGAUACCUGACGCUGGGAGAGUUUUCCUCUGGAUUCAGUAACUUUCUUCAUGGACAGAGAGUCUCCAAGAUGGAGGAACUAAUGAAUGCACCUUCUCAGAGCUCAGGAGAGGAAGAGCCGUCAGGGAACGAGGAUGAUGAAGAGAGACAUUUCAGCAUGUUGAUGGAGAGCUUGGGUGCUAGCAAUGUGUUUGAGGACCCGAGUGAGGUCCGCAGCCUGUGGGCUCAGCUCAGGAAAGAUGAGCCUCACCUCUUGUCCAACUUUGAAGAGUUUCUGGCCCGUGUCACAUAUCAAAUCAAAGAGGCACAACAAGAGAGGAAGGAGAUGGAGAGCGCCCUCAGAAGGAAAGCAGCCACACAUGACACUGAAAUCCGCAGAUUGUAUGAAGAAAUGGAGCAACAGAUCAUUAAUGAAAAAGAUCAAGCAAUUCUGAAGGACUCUGAAAAUCUGCAGUUGCGCAGUCAGGACCUACAGCAGCGGCUCCGCGGUAAAGAACAGGAGUUAGAGCAGCUUUUCCAAAAACAGAGGAGGUUAGAACGACAAUGCCGUGACCUUCAUAGCGAACAGCAGGAGAGUCGACUGGAGAAUGUUAAACUAAAAAUGACCAAUGAGGAGCUGUCUCGUGAACUUGAGCACACCUGCCAAGAGCUGGUGUUGGCUCAGGAGCAGCUGGGCAUUCUGCAGGAGCAGGCCUCUCGACUACAACAGGAGAGAGAGAUGGAGAUGUACAGAAUCACUGAAGGCUUGCAGAGAGAAAAACAGAGCUUGAUGAAACAGUUAGAUCUACUCAGAGAAAUGAAUAAACAUCUUCGAGAUGAGCGAGACAUUAGCUUUCUGAAACGCAGCAAUUCAAUGAAGAAAUCCUCACGCAAGCACAGACUGAGCACAGCUUCAAUAAAAUACACUGACAGGAAACCAUCUGUCAAAAAAGAAGUUGAUAAGGAGGAAGUGACUCAGCGCUCUAACAGGAAGACCACCUCUUUAGCAAACGGCUCACCCUUCACCACAGGGGAUGAUGAGAAGCAGAAGGUGGCUGGGGACUCAGAAGGUGUAAAUGUCGGGGUGGAUGUGGAGGAUGCGCCACCGGAUGGUUGGCCUCUGCGCAGAGUCAUAUCCAUCGAGGAGGACCACCUCCCCCACCUGUUGCAAGGAGACCCUCACCUUCUUCUGCAUCAACUAAGUGAGGAAGAAGAAGAACGAGCUGGAGAGGAAGAAGGUCAGGGGGAUCUGGAGACGAGCUCCCUCUACCCAUCCAAUGCAUCUCUGGCCUCUGCUGACUCUCCACCACCGGUCAGGGUGAAGAAGCCAUCUAAGAAGAAAUGGAUCAGAGGAAACAUUCCCUCAUCUGCACGGGGUCAACCUGUCGGAAAGGAGACUCAGCAGGGUCCUGCAGAAGGUGCUGCUGCAUCCCCUCAACGUCUCUUUAAAGUCAUUCUGGUGGGAAAUUCCAGUGUUGGCAAAACCGCACUGCUGCGACGCUUCUGUGAUGGACAGUUUCAUUCGGCCACCUCAGCCACCGUGGGCAUUGACUAUAGUGUGCGGACACUGAAUUUGGGGGACAGUCACGUUGCUCUUCAGUUAUGGGACACUGCAGGCCAAGAAAGGUAUCGCAGCAUUACCAAGCAGUUUUUCCGUAAGGCGGAUGGUGUGGUGGUCAUCUACGACAUCACAAUGGAGGACAGUUUCAGAUCAGUCCGUCCCUGGCUGACUAGCAUUCAGGAGGCUGUAGGCGACCCUAUCCCUGUCAUGCUCCUUGGCAACAAAUCAGACAAGGAGAAUGAGAGGGAAGUGCAGACAAAGGAGGCUGAUAUGCUAGCAGAGGAAACAAACCUGAUGUUCUAUGAGUGCAGUGCUUAUACUGGAGCUAACGUGCUGGAGGCUAUGAUACAUCUGGCCAGAGUCCUGAGGGAACAGGAAGACAGAGUAUGGGUGAAUACGGUCAGACUGGUGGAUCAACCAAUGAAGAAGAAAGCCUGCUGCAAGUGACCACACACAUAUAUACACACACACUCAUGGGUGAAAUCACUCUGUGCUUUGUAUCACCAUCAAACAACCUUAAACUCAAUGUAUAUAAUUUAAUGUUGGCUAAAAGAGGGCAAUUCACUUUACCUGAAUCAAAAAUGUAAUGAUAGUGUAAAGUGUAGAAAGGUUUUCAUGCCUGUUGCAUACAUCUGUGCUCAACUUAUGUGUGUUGUAGUCUCAGGACAGUUUGUCACACCUCUUUUAAAAUGAUAUUUGUACAUAUUCUAUUUGUUAACAAUACCAAUUGUCAAUCACAAUACCCAUUAUUUUUAUGGGGAAAAUGUGUUCAGUUAAGCUGCAUGUGAUGCAUGUGGUUCACAUACAACCAGGUGAGUGAGAACGAAGUCAUUUAGGACAAAAUGUGAUUGUUUGUUACUUCCCAUUUAUUUAGCAUUUCAAUAGCCUCAUUCAACCCACCUGAAGUCUUACUAGCAUCAUGAAACCUAGAAUUCAAAAUGCCCAGUAAAACCUCUAUACUAGAACAAGAAGUGUUUUCAGUUACCAUUUGAAGAGACAGUUCAGUUGAUGACAACUUCAAUAAGCACUAAAAUCUUCAAUAUGUCAUUGAGGGAAGAAUAUUGGCUGGAGUCAGUGUUGAACAUGUCAUCCCUCGUUCGUUGCCUUCAUCUGAACUGCUCUGUGACCAUCUUGUUUACACAAAGAAGUAAACAUGGUUCAAACAGGUUGUAUGCGACAGUGACCUGACAUUUAAAUGAACACAAAAAAGUGAAACUGUUAGUAAGUUAAAACUGUCACAUUAAGUUACUCUAAAAUAACAAAUCUUGUAUUCAGUAAGAAUGAUUUAAAAUAGUUUAGCUGCUCUUAGAGGUUCUUUAGAAAAAUCUUAGUGAAACCUGAAUGAAUUAAAAUAAAAG